UACCAGAACUCGGUGUUGAAAGGAAAUAGAGCUCAAUUCAUUAUGUCGUGGAAGAUCUUAACAAUUCUGUUCUGUAUAGUGGUAGUGGCGAGUGCACAGCACCACUACAGCUACAGUCAUGGUCAUGGACAUGAUGACCAUCACGAAGAUGAACACGAUCACGGUCCUGCUCAUUAUGAAUUUCAUUAUUCUGUGAAAGAUCCUAAAACGAAGGACAUUAAGAGUCAAAAGGAAUCUCGUAAGGAUCACAAAGUCGAAGGUUAUUAUGAACUAAUCGAUUCCGAUGGACAUCAUCGUAUUGUGCAUUACAAAGCAGACAAAAAGACAGGAUUUGAAGCUACGGUUGAACGUAAACCAACCAAUAUCAAGGUGCCAAUUCCCAAGAUCUCCUAUGAACAUCACGAUGAUCAUCACUAUGAUCACCAUGAUAACCAUCAUGAUGACCAUCACGGAGAUAAUCACCAUCACUAUUACUCGCAUCAUUGAGAACAUAUUUGGAGAAAGUUUGAAUAACCGAUCAUCUCGUUUUUCACACAACUACACAUUUGUACAUAAUUCAUUUUGUAAUGGUUAAGUUAAGAAAAUAUUAAGGAUAUGAAGCUGUGUUAGAAGUGCACCAGCAGUUCUUCUAAUCAACUUUUGAAAUCGGUACAAACCGUUCUUUUUGGAUUUUUUUGUUUAUAUAUAUAGAUUUUAAGUGUUAAUUUUAUAUAAUAAAUUCUUGUGCAGAAUUAAACUGUAACACAAA